GCACGAGACCAUUGAGCACAUGCUGGAGAGAGGACAGAAGUUGGACGAGCUCGUGGACAAGACUGACAAACUCAGCGGAACUUCAAAGGCUUUCUACAAAGAGGCUAGAGGUGGAACUUGCUGUGUUAUACAAUGACCUAUUUAUUCAGAGAUCAUUUGUACAUUGUUUUUAUGUAAGUAAUGCCUAUUGCGACACAUUGAAAAGCGCAUUAGAUUAGAUGGGCGUGGUCUAUCUAUGAUACGCCGUUCGUUUGCGACGUCUGGCAGCUGAGGAGGCCUCUGCGACUUUGAAGUCUUCAGGAGCUUCACAACAGUGCCUGCUUCUGUACAUCUGCCGGCUCCUUUACCGAACUGCAGUGACAAACAUGCCAAAGAAGUACACGAAGGCGGAUGUUGAGAACUGGUCUGUGGAGGAAGUGAAGAGCUGGCUUCACUCGAAAAAGCUGACACAAUGUCUACCAGAUUUCGACUGUGUCAGUGGGUACCAGCUACUGGGUAUGACUAAUGAUGACCUAAAGGCUCUACCGAGUGUGGCAGGAAGCGAGAAGAAAAGGAAGGCCUUGAAGAAAGCUGUGGGUCAGUUGCCUGGCAACUCCAUCUCUGCCAAGACUGUAAAGUCCAAAGGCAAACCAGCAAAAGAUCCACCUCCAGUAGAGAACUUCCCCCCAGCUUCCUUUGAGCCGGUCCCAGCUCCCCCUCCCCUCCCUCCCCCCUCCUCUUUCCACCAUCCUCCCCACUCUCCUAACUCAGCCACAUACAGCGACCCAUCUCUCAUCUGGGGCGACGAGGACCAGCCACAGGAUAUCUAUGACAACGCAGCAGAUGCCAGAGAGGAGAUGCUGGCACCUCCUCUGCCUCCUCACCCCGGCUACCAUCAGCAGCAGGUAGGGGGAGGACAAGAUGGCGGCUACGGACAAGAUGAUGAUCAGAUGAUCUAUGACCAGUAUGAGGAGGGAGAGGAAGAAGAGAUGUUUGACUCUUCAUUUGCCAGUGAGGAGGAGGAGGAGGAGGAAGAAGAAGAGCCGUCUGCUCUCAAUGGGUUGAGAAACGCUAACCAAGGAACUGAGGCAAACAUCCGAGCCAUCCGGGCCAAGUUCUUCGCAGAGGGUCUGAGGGCGCACACGGGGAAUACUGACUGGCUCCAUUCCUCUCUCCGGACACCAGGUCCCCGUCCCCGACCCGGCAGAGGAGGAGGGAAGUGAUGACGAUAUUUAUGAUCUUCCUCCUGAAGAACUGAAGCAGCACCCGCCCCAUCACCCAGUAGUCCAACCUCCUGACCUACCUCCUCCUCCUCACCACCAGGACGAGGAAGAAGACGAGGGUGAGGAUAUCUACGAUGUGGCUGAGGAAGUUCUUAAGUCCACAGGCAUUACAAUGGUGAAAGCCCCGCCCCCUCUGCCUCAGCCGCAGGCUCCACCUACUGAGGAGAUCUAUGAGACAGCAGCUCCAGAUGAGGAGGAAGAAACUCCGCCCCUCCCUCCAUUCCCGCCCUCUUUCCGUGACACAGAUCCCACUCCUCCCCGUCCUCCCAAACCUGCCUCCAGCCCCGCCCUCCCUCGCAAGACACCCGCUCUGGGGUCCCCUCGACCUCCUAUGAGGGGACCAAUUCGAGGGGGUCCACUUCCUAAUAUCCCUGCACUUCGUCCUCCGAUUCAGUCCACCCCGGGACCACGCCCUCCUCUUCCUCCACCAGUAGAGAGUGAAAGUGGUGGAGUGGGAGCUGCCACACCUCCUCCCCCUCCUCCUCCCCCUCCCCUAUCCCCUCAGACAAGUAAUCCCGGUGGGAGCUCCUCCCCUCGGCCCUGGGCCCAGAAGAAAGCCCCUCCGCCCGCCUCUUCCAGCUCUCCGUUCGCUGGGGGCCGGAAAUUCCCCGCCCCCUCAUCCCGACGUUCCCCCAGCCCCCCUAGAACCUCGGAGAACAAGUUCCCCAGACCAUUAGAGAUGAAGGGGAGUGGGGUUCCGGUGCCCGGGAAAUUUCUGGGGAGAUCUGCUCUGAGACCAGUGGGGACAAAGACAGACGGAGAGCCCAAACCUGUCGUCUCUGACAAGCCAAUGAGCAUACAAGAGAGGAUAAAGCUGCUGAAGAAACCAGGAGGUGAGGGUGGAGAGGGAAGGAAGGGACAGCCACCACCGAAACCAGCUGAGGGUGUGAGUCCGUGUACCAGGAGAAAGAUGUCGAAAGACUCCAGUGUCAGCGACCUCAUUAAGAGCUAUCACAGUGGGGGCUCAAGUACUGAUGGGGAGAAAAGCCGGCCAAUGUCGCCGGAGACCAAACCGGCUCUCCCUGUGAAGCCACCAGCCUUGAGUCCCAAACAUGGAGAGAGGUCCCCACAACCAAAGAGACAUCCGACAACUCAGCAGAUACCACCUGGUCUCCCUGAGAAGCGAUCGGGCCAGCCUCCGUGGAAGAAGACGGCAUCAGAAGAGCAGGAGGAGCAGGAGCCGCCCAAGAAGACCCGGCAGACUGUCUCGAAGGAGGAAGGACAGAGACCAUGGCAGAGAAGGACUAGCGCUGAGGAAGCAACAGAACACAGGCCACCAUGGAGGAAGACUGGGGGAGAGGAGACUGUGGAUGUGAGGCCACCGUGGAGGAAGACUGGGGGAGAGGAGACUGUGGAUGUGAGGCCACCAUGGAGGAAGACUGGGGGAGAGGAGACAGCGGAUGUGAGGCCACCGUGGAGGAAGAACGAGGAGGUGUCAGAGAGCCGACCGCCAUGGAGGAAACCGUCAGUGGAGGAGGAGAGUCAGCCGUCUUGGAAGAGACCGGCGGCAGAGUCCCCACCUCAGGAAGGAGUUGUCCGAAGCAGCUUCACUCACCAGGAACCUUUCAGAGCCAGCAAGUCCCCAGCAAAACCAGAUCUUCCUCCACCAAGACGGACAGACAACGCCUCACCUCCAGAUCUUCCUCCACCAAGACGGACAGACAACGCCUCACAUCCAGAUCUUCCUCCACCAAGACGGACAGACAACGCAUCACCUCCAGAUCUUCCUCCACCAAGACGGACAGACAACGCCUCACCUCCAGAUCUUCCUCCACCAAGACGGACAGACAACGCCUCACCUCCAGAUCUUCCUCCACCAAGACAUAAGGAAAUUGCCCCGCCUCCACCUGAGCCACCCAGAGCCUCUGACAAACUAAAAUCAAGGUUCCCUGCUCCAGAUAAUGCCCCCUCUGAACCCCCGGGGAGAGGAAAAUCAGAUAAGGCCCUGCCCACCGAGCCACCCAGACCUCCUCUCCCAGUCGAGAGGUCAAGGUUCAGAGCUCCCGAUGGCCCCGCCCCCUCAGUACCGAAACCUUCAGUGGUUCAGGAAGACGCACCUCCCGAAGUCCCAAAGAUGACAUUCCUGACUAAUAACAGGCUGAGAGGCAGGGUUCUCCCCACACAGGAGGAGGAGAUGCCGAGACUCCCUCCGCGGCCUCGGAAACUGCCUGAUCGUCCCCUCCCGACACACGGUUCAGACCCCGGACCUGGUCUUCCCCAGAGACCAUGGCAAAGACCUCCUAUAGCUGUGAGUACUGUGCUGUUAUGUAUGUGAAGCUCUUUGUGUGUGUCACAUGACUGUCACAUGACUGUCACAUGUGUGUGUAAGUAUAGGAACCUAUGGAUUUACCUCCAAGACCUCCCAAGGUAUCACUUUUUGAGACCAACCUGAGCCACACAGUGGAGCCAGGUCCCAGCAGCAGCAGUGGAUCUCCACUGGGACACUCUUGGUACCACGCCAACCUCAAGGACAGGAAGGUGGCUGAAGCUCGUUUGUUCAAACAUCCCAGGGAUGGGACAUUCAUCAUCAGAGACAGUUCGAGAACAGCCGGAGAGUAUUCUCUCUCCCUCCUCUACCACGGAGCCGUCAAACACCUCAGGAUAAGACUGAGAGGGGAUGGACAGUAUGUGCUGGGAGAAGAAAAGGCAGAUGAAGUGCCGUUUGCCAGUGUGGUGGAGCUGGUCAACUAUCACAAGGAAGAGCCACUUGUCCUCAAGAGUGGAGGGAAUGUUAUGUUGCGUUACGAGUGUCCCCAUUAGCCCCGCCCCCUUUCCUCGCCACCUCACAUUGUGAUACAUGCAAACUGUUAGUAGAUUAUGGGACCACGUCACUUUUCUCACAAUCCCACGACGAUUUUUUACUGAUGCUUAUUUCCUGUCAUUCUGAUUCACAAACACAAACAUGUGUGUUUUGUACGGCACUGUAAGUCCAUACUGACUGUAAGUCCAUACUGACUGUAAGUCCAUACUGAUUGUAAGUCCAUACUGACUGUAAGUCCAUACUGACUGUAAAUGAGCGUAAGAUGAGAAAGCACGCAACUAUUUUUACGUUGAAAAUGGCACAUCAUUGUCUAACACACUCAAAAGGUUUUGGGGAGUGACAUCACAAAUAAUUACGAGGGUAAAAGGUCAAAAUGGGGUAUAUAAGGGUGACAAGAGGUGUUAUGUAAGAGAACAGAGGUUCAUCACGUCAGGUUCAUCUGGAAGGGAGGGGAGGGGAGGUCACCGCUGUAGACGGGACACAACUUGAAGGAGCAAGGGUCACUUCUCCAGCAGUACCGCAGGGCUGUUGGCAUGGCACCCGCGGCACAGGCAGGCACGCCCACCAUCACUUUGUUACUGUCGGCUGCGGUUGCCGUGGCAUCC